CUGUUGAAACAGUGAAUGAAUUUUGUUGUGAAAUUCCGUCUUUGUUGUAUUGACAGGGACACUGCACAGACUGUGAAGGAGCGCUUUGGGAAGAAACUCUACGAAUCACUUUUAGUAGGACAGCUGCCUGAUGUGUCUAAGAUGUUAGAUAAAGAGGACUUCACCAUGAUGAAACGUGCCAUCUUCGCCACCCAGCGCCAGUGCCUGCCCCCCAUCUGUACUCACAACAUGCUGGAGGACAGCAGUGACCCCAUCCUCAACUGCAUCCGCCGUAUCGGCCUCUUUAACAGUGCUCAGGACAGAGUCAAGGUAAUCUUCCAUCCAGAGUUUCUCUCCUCAACUUCUCCUCUCCUGCCAAUGGACUAUGAGGAGUUUGUGAGAGGCUGCCAUCUUGGAGUAUUUCCAUCUUACUAUGAGCCCUGGGGAUACACACCAGCUGAGUGUACAGUGAUGGGCAUCCCAUCGGUCUCCACUAACUUGUCAGGAUUUGGCUGUUUCAUGGAGGAGCACAUUGCCGACCCAUCAGCUUACGGUAUCUAUAUUCUGGAUCGACGGUAUCGUGGGGUGGAUGAGUCCUGUAAUCAGCUGACGUCUUUCCUGUUUCAGUUCUGUCAGCAGAGCCGCAGGCAGAGGAUCAUUCAGAGGAACCGGACAGAGCGCCUCAGUGACUUGCUAGAUUGGAGAUAUUUGGGCAGGUAUUAUGUUUCUGCCCGCCAUAUGGCUUUAGCGAAAGCUUUCCCGGACACUUACAUCUAUGAGCCUCAAGAACCCACUUCCGCCACAGGCUUCCGUUACCCGCGGCCCGCCUCAGUUCCCCCGUCUCCCGCCCACUCUCUUCACUCGUCUCCUCAUCACAGUGAGGCUGAAGAUGAAGAGGAACCGUAUGAUGAAGAUCUGGAGGUGGAGAAAGACCGGGUCAACAUCCGCCAACCGUUCAACUUGCCGAACCGGAACAAGAAUCAGACAGUUGGUCUUCCUGAGAAAAACUAAAACACACCCCUACAUGCAUACAUACACGCACUGCUUAUACUGUGAGGCACUUACAUACACUGUGACACACACACACACACACUUUACACACAUAAUAACACUCCCCUAAAAAUGAACGUAAUGCCUGCAAACAGAAUGUCUGCAUGUUGGUUUUCUGAAGAGAAAUAAAGAAGAUAUUUAAGUAUGUGGUGAGCCAAAGUGUGAUUUUAAGACUUUCUGUUGAAAGAUUUCUCUGGUGUCUUUCAUAAAAAAACAACAGAGAGCAAAGGAUUAAAUAGCAGCUGGAGUUAUUCAUAUUACAAUUCAUACGGAGUCAUAUAAAAUUGACAUCCAGCUGUGUGCCAAUGAUGCCAAUCUAAAGCUGACAUUCAAAUGGCCACUGUUAAAACUUAAACGACAAUACAAAUAAAAGUGAGACGAUAAAAAUAAAUGUUACAAACAUUUGUUUUAAAGAGAUCUUUAUUAGAAACUCUUUACAGCAGGGGUAGGCAAGUUCGGUCCUAGAGAGCCGCAGUCCUGCAGAGUUCAGCUCCAACCCUAAU